CUCUCUCGCCCUCACAACAAACCACCUCACACUUAAUAGUCACACUUGUUAAUAACAACCUUUUUGGAUUUUUUAAACAUCUUUUUUUUUUUACGACAAUUUUCAUCCUGGAGUUUAAAAGUUUGUUUUGAUUUCCCUCUGACCAACUGCUUCUCCUUUGACGUUUUUUUUUUAAUUAUUUUAUAAAGUUUCCCCUGAACGCACCAGGCUGUUAAAAUGUCACUUUAGGAAUGACUCUUUUGUUUUAUCUUGUUGUUAAUGCAAGCGUGCCGUCCUGGUCGUGCAGAAUGACCCCAACUACGCCGGCCAGCGUCGCUCCUUCACCACAGAAGAUGAAGCCUGGAAGUCGUUCCUGGAGAACCCCUUGACGGCGGCCACCAAGGCCAUGAUGAGCAUCAACGGGGACGAGGACAGCGCCGCUGCUCUGGGUCUGCUCUAUGAUUACUAUAAGGUGCCCCGGGAAAAAAGAACUAUAACCCAGGGCAAGCCAGAUGCGUUGGUCUCUGAUGUGGAUCCCAACAAAAGGCACCAGCUUCAAGCAGCACAUGGCAUACCUCCUCUUCCAGAGACCAGCAUGGAGAACAGAAUCCAAGUCCUCAAGGCGCCCUUCAACAUUCUCCAACUGGCCCAGGACAAGAGAAAUCAGUUCCCAUCACCAGACACGACCGUCACCGUGUCCAUCGCCGCCCUGCAGAACUACCCGCACGUCAAGACCGAAGUGCCCAUUCACGGUUUGACCGUGCCCAACAGCUGCGCCGAAACUGAAAGCCACGUGGGGGUCUUUGACCGCCCUCACCUGGCCCACAAUUCGGUCCAGUUCAGCCCCAGCACGCAGUCCCGCACGCCCCCGGACUCCACCUUCUCGGAGAGCUUUAAGGACGGUUCCCAGGAGGUGUUUUCAUUCCCGGGUGAACUUCAGUUACGUAUGAGCUCCAUGACACCUGAGGACUACACGCACUUUGACACGGUGCCGGGGAAUAAUUUCGAGUACACCCUCGAAGCAUCCAAGUCUCUGCGUCAGAAGACAGGCGACGGGACCAUGACGUAUCUGAACAAGGGUCAGUUUUACCCUAUCACCCUUCGUGAGAUUGACAACAAAGGCCUGCAGCAGCCAAUCACCAAAGUCAGGAGCGUGGUGAUGGUUGUAUUCGGGGAGGAGAAGUGCAGAGAGGACCAGCUCAAACAUUGGAAGUACUGGCACUCAAGACAACACACUGCCAAGCAGAGGUGUCUCGACAUUGCUGACUACAAAGAGAGCUUCAACACGAUUGGCAACAUCGAGGAGAUUUCCUACAAUGCCAUCUCCUUCACAUGGGACACGAAUGAAGAGGCCAAAAUCUUCAUCUCCGUCAAUUGCCUGAGCACGGACUUCUCAUCUCAGAAGGGCGUGAAGGGCCUCCCUCUCAACCUGCAGAUCGACACGUACAGCUACAACAACCGCAGCAACAAGCCCAUCCACCGGGCCUUCUGCCAGAUCAAGGUGUUCUGCGACAAGGGGGCCGAGAGGAAGAUCCGAGACGAGGAGAGGAAGCAGUCCCGCAGGAAAGGCAAGGUGGCCGACCUCAACCAGGGCCUGUCCUUCGUGGAUGUCAAAGUGCCCAUCCUCCAGAAGCGCAACGACGUGACCAUCUUCAAAAUGAUGAAUGAUCUGGAAACCCAGCCUGUGCUCUUCAUACCUGAUAUUCACUUUUCUGCCUUCCAGCGUCAUCCUUUUGCGGCGGAAGAUGGAGAAGACAGCUCCGGCAUGAAGAGGUUGCCCUUCAGCGAUGAGGAGUUCGGGUCACCGCCCAAUAAGGUAGCCAGGGCGGAGGAACCCAAGAAAGUGUUGUUGUACGUACGCAAGGAGACGGAGGAGGUGUUUGACGCUGUCAUGUUAAAGAACCCCACUCUGAAAGGCCUGGUGGACGCUAUUUCAGAGAAGUACGACUUGCCGUUGGACAAGGUUGGAAAAGUGUAUAAGAAGUGCAAGAAAGGGAUUUUGGUGCACAUGGAUGACAACAUCAUCAAACACUACUCCAAUGAAGACACCUUCCAGAUCUCCAUGGAAGAGCUGGGCGGCAUGUACAAGCUCACUCUCACUGAAAUCUGAUUGGACGGAGGAGGAGGAGGAGGAAGGGUUUACACUGUGCAUUGAUGAUGGACUUGUAUCACGUUACAAGGCAAAACAAAAGAAUGGUAUUUAACAAGCCAUAUAGCUCUUAAUGUGCCUUAUUGUCCCAUUGCUUCCAAUGAAUGUCCAAAUAUUUUUGUUUGUCCCCUUUUCUCUUUGUGCGUGUGUUUUAUAUGAUGCUUCUGUGUUGCUGCUAUACCUCAUUCUCCUAUUGCAAAAAAAAAAAAAAGCAGCAGUGUUCCUCAAUAUUGUGAGGAGAAAUAGCUGAUAUUAAUCAAGCCAUAGCACUGAUGAUUACAACCGGUUAUGACGACUAGUUAGUUGUGCAGGUCGUAAACCGACUGCAACAUUAAUGAGAUUAUUAAAAAAAAAAAAAACGUGGCAGUAUUUAGCAUGUAAAAAUCUCCUUUGUACAAUUAGGGUAGACACAUGUACAGGUUUUUAAGAGUAAGACACUUGUUGUUUGAGAGUGAAAUGGCUUCAAUUUCUGACCAAUUGAAAUAAUAGCCUCUAUAGUAUUUUUUAAAUAGAAGGCUAAAAUGCAUCUUCCCCUUGUGAAAGAUUUUUAACGAGCUACAUUACUGGGUUAAUUGGUCGACCAUAGUCGCCAUCUUGUUUUGGAAGUGCAAUAUGAUAGUUGUAUGCAGAGAAAAAAACAUGACAGCAUUAAUAUAUGUAAAUAUCCUUUUAAAAACAUGCUUACAUUUACUCUUCUGAUCCUCUUUGUAUCGCAGUACUUAUUUGUGUAUAUAUUUAUUAAGAGUGGUUGUGGGGUUUUUUGGACUUUAAAUAUUCAGAUGUCUAUCAUUGCUAAUAUAAUGUUUUUUUAUGGAUUUAUUAUGUGUCAAGGGACCAGUGGUUUUUCAUUUUAUUGGAGCCUCUGUUUUUUUUUGUUUUUGUUUUUGUAAGAAUUUCAAUGCACAAAGCAUUCAAUAAAAGCUUGCUUGUG